AUGACGACCCUCAGCUGUCCCGCUACCGUGACGAGGCUCGUAGCGUCGCAAGGAGCAGCAAAGCAGAAGCGGCUUUCUACGCGUGUCACUGUCUGUCGAAUCGCCCCUCCUAAGAACUCCUCCCCCGAACCCGUCAACAUUUUCAACCCUGACACAUGGUUCACGAAACCGUCCAAGGCGGCGCCGCCCCAACCAGAGCCUGCAGAAGAGCCUGAGCUCGAACCUCUUGCGACGCUCCCGCCGACUCCUGUCUUCCCAUCCCACCAAGCGAUGACUCUGUUCCUGCAGUCGUAUGCGCGCAUGCUGCAGCACGUCAAAACGGGGACGGUGGUCGGGAAGAGAAAAGUAGGCGUUGACCACAGCCACGACGCGCUGGUUUCCGGCGACUCGCUCGCCGCGGCUGGCGACACUGUGCUGGAGCGAGUGCACCUUGGGCUCGGCGCGCUGCUGCACCAUCCCCAGCAUGGCGUGCAGGGAGGGACAGUGUGGGGCCGCAAGGAGGAGGCGGUGGAGAGGUGUCUGGAAGAGCUAGAGAAGGACGUGGAGCACAUGCGGGAUGCCCAUGAGAAACCACCGCCUGCCACCACUCUGAACCUUGCUACAGCGCACUGCUUGGAUGCUGCAAAGAUGAUCAGCAAGCUCUGA